AUAACUCCUCCGGUGCUCCUCAAUCAAACGUUGGAAGAACUCGUCGGUCCAUUUGUGAGCGGCCCACAUCCUUCCCUCAAGCCCACUGAAAUCGACCCACCUCAGCACCGGCAGGAAAUCCACCGGAUUCGUCGUGCCGCUCAGAUCAAACGACUCCCUUAUCAACUUCUUGAACCUCUGCCCUUCGUCAUCGUGACCCACUUCGCCGGCGCCCGUCCCAAAAUAUCUCUUUCCGGCGACCAUCCUCAUCACGAUGUUCAUCGACAACCCCAUCAGCCUCGACCGCAUUUCGACCUCGCGAAAGCCGGAACCCGUGUAGACCAGCCCGUUGACCAGGCGCUGGACCUCGUCUUGGCGGACGUGGAGGAAGGAGUUGAGGCGGGCGGUGGAGAGGAGCUCGACGGUGGAGAGGCGGCGGAGGUUGCGCCAGUGGGGCCCGUACGGCGUGUGUCCCAAGGCGGUGCAGUUGUAGCCGAUGAUUUUCCAGCCGAGUAAACCGUGCGGCCGGUCGGCGAAGACGGCGCCGUUUUUGUUGAGGCAUUCGUCGGCUAGAGCUGGGGAUGACACGACGAUGGCGCGUCGGACGCCGAGAGUGAGGGAGAAGAUGGGGCCGUACUUGUGGGAGAGGGUUUGUAGAGUUCGGUGGAUUGGUUCCUUGAGGAGAUGGAGGUGGCCGAUGAACAGGAAAGUAGGAGGGCUCGGCGGGGAGUUUUUGCGGCGUCGUUUCGAUGUGGAGGAGAUCAGUAGGAAUACUGAGG